GUUUCCAUUAUUUUAUUUGUGUUCUAUGCUUCGAUCGAACUCAAUGUACUUCAAGAGUGCGAUUGAUCGGACCAAUUGUACAUUACACGUACACGUUGUGACAAAUGACAUCCGUCACUCGUUUGCUUCCUAAAUAAAUACGAAUAAAUUUAAUAAACCACAAAAAGAAUUCACCUGCUAAGAAAAAUGUGAUACUUUUUAGUUUUUACUUUCUGAGCACUAAUCAGUUUUCUCAUCCAGAGUCGGCUUUUUCAGUAUUUUUUUUUUCUUCAAUUUUAGUCGCACUUUUGUCACUUUUUAUCACUUCAUCAGAAAAUUUGUGGCUUCUACCAAGCUUCUUAUCUCCAGAAAAUUGAAAAUCCAAUUUCUUGAACACAGUUUAUACACGGCUUUCCCGUUAUCAGUUGUCGAAUCGUUGGAUCGAUUACUAUGGAUUAAGAUCCAUAGUAAUCGAUCCAAUAUGAGCCAUUGAUUCGACAUAUACAUUUGCAAUAAUCCUUCAGCUUGUGAUAAAUUGUCACCAGCAAUAGUACAAACGAAAGAUUAGAGAAUGUGACAAUACUGUAAAUUUCGUCACUCGUUGUCAAAUUAUUUCGAACCAAGAUUCCCAGGUCGAGCAAUCAAGUCCAAGGUAAACACCACGCCGCCGUAAUUUUUUUGAGAAAAACCAUACCUAACAAAACAUUAAAUGGCAUCGCUAUGACUCUCUUAGAAGUUUAGAUACUUAUUUAAUUAGACAGAAAAGGGAUCACACUAACCAAAUUCCCGUGCACCACUUUGGGAACUUUUUCUCCUCUUUUUUAACGCCUGAAGAAGACUUUAACUUAAAAUUUAAGUAGUUUAUAGUUUGUGAGACGAACGGUGCACGGUACUGGGCGAUAGAACCAACUGUCAAGUACGUAGCUAGUAGCGAAGCGUUGCCACGAGGUUGGAAAGAUGGCAUACUUUCGCCAAAAAUAAUGUUUUUUUUAAUUUUGUGUGUUUUGUUCGACGAAAUAACUCGAAAUCCAUAACACACAUGUAUAACAUAUUUAUAUAUUUAAAAAGUAGAAAAGUAGAUCGUUUUAAUACUUUUUAUUUCAGUAUAAGAUUAAAACAAUACAAAAAAAGUUUCAAUAACUUAAAAAAUGAUACAAAUACAAAAUUUCAAAAAAAAUUGUGGAAGCCAUUUUAAUUUUGUCCGCGGUUUGACCGUAGCGAAACAGCCGUGCAAACGGGUCCCUGGAAACUCAUUUACAACUAAAUGGCCACUACGGUUAAACCAGUUGACUUUUUUCAAUAAUUUUAAGUUUGUUGCUUUACUAAGAGAUUAAAAGUCAUAAAACAUAGGAUGUUACAUUUCAUGCAGUCAGAGAAAAUUGUUAUUUAAUCUGUAACCGAUUGUUAUUUAAUCUGUAACCGAUCUGUAGCUAACCGAUUAAUUAGGGCUAAUUAGAAGGUACGUAUAGAUUAAUUAAGCGUAUAACUAUUUGGUUAAUUAAAUGUACGAUGGCACUGAAGGGUCAAAUUUCUAUCGACAUUUUCGGAACUUCUAUUCAACUUUUCGGAACUUUUAUUCAUCUUUUCAAAACAUCUAUUCACAUUUUUAGAACUUCUGUCCAACCUUAUCGGGAUUUUAUUCAUGAGCCGAAAAUUCCUAUUCAAACAAUUUCGGAACUUCUAUUUAAGAAUCGGAACUUUCUAUUCAAGCACUUUCGGAAAACUUCUAUUCAAGAUGCGGAACUUCUAUUCAACUACUUUCGAAAAACUUCGGCACCGUGCAAAAGUCCAGACAGAUCGCACGAGGCAGAAUUAGUUCAUAUUGGUUGCAUUGAUGAUGGACAACGUUAUAAAGAGUAUUGUACAAGAGGAGUUAAAAAAAGCUAUGGAACCGUCAACAUCAAAAACCGCAGCAGUGACAUUACAACCAAAAAAGAAAACUGAAGGUCGAUUGAACAAUCUCCUGUCGAAAAUCAGGAGCAGUGGUAGUGUUAGUAACUCAUCAAAAAAGAAGGUAAAAACAAAAAAGUUUCAACUGAAAUGGUCAAGAUAUGAUGCAUUUAAGGAACAGUUCCAGAUGGUUAAGUCAGGAGAUGGUGGAGGCUACAGGUUCUUGAAGGUUGAGGAAGGACAACCUAAAACAGUUUUAAAGGCUGAUGCAGUCAAGCUAUACUUUGAUAAGGAUGGAAGAAAUAGCUUUUCAGAGCACGAAUCAGAAUGUUAUCUAGCUUUGUGUGGCCCUGAUGGUGAAGAAUUGUUAGAGGACCUUGAUAUUUGGACAUAUUUGGAUAAAAAAGGUUUAUUCCUCAGUAAAUGUGCUUUUAUAUUGUCAACUAAAUUCAUGAAUUAUGAUGAAUUCACAAAUCCACACGAAAAUGAGCCACAUAUGUGUUAUGAAACAUCAUUUAAUGUUAAGCCAAAUGAAAGUGUGGCAUCAGAGGAGGCAUCUAAAAGACGAAUAUGUUCAACGUGUGCGUGUACAUACACUGGAACAGAAUGUCUGAUUUGUUUACAGAAUACAGAGUUCAAUGCUUCUAACGCAGCAGACACAACCAAAUCUCAAGAUCUUUUUUAUUCUGAAUUUUUCACACCUUUAAGUCCCGUGUUAGAAGAAGAGCAGUACACUGCUCCAUCGCUUCAGAUGGUGAGAGAAAUUAGAGUGAGAAAUUUGGAAAACAAUAACACUUCUGAAGAGAAUUCCCUCAAUGAUGCAGCAAUCAACACAACAUUUGAAAAGAAGUGCUAUCAUUUUGAUAUUCAUCGUUUGACGCUACGAUCUGAUCUGAUUGAAAUUUUCAAGAACAAAGAGAUCCAUCAACAAGACUUAGUUACGUUUGGAUGGAUAGAUCUUCGUGGGAAUAAGGAAAAAGGCUGUGGGAGUGGUGUAUCCAGAGAUGUCUACUCUUCCUUUUGGAGGGAUGUGAGUGAUUCCUUAUUCAUUGGAGAAAAGGAAAGAGUGCCAUACGUCAGACAUGACCUUUACAAGGCAGAAUGGGAAGCAAUUGGGAAAAUAAUCUUAAAGGGAUACGUUGAUACCCAAUAUUUCCCAAUCUUAAUUAGCAAAGCCUUUCUUGAGUUUUGUUUAUUUGGGGAAGUCUCUAAUGAAGUCCUUUUGGAAUCUUUUUCAAACUACCUAUCUGAAGAUGAAUGAAACUUGAUGAACAUUGUAAUUGAUGGUGAUAACAUUGCUAUCAAAUCUGAUGAAUUUUUGGAAUUUAUGGAGCAGUUCAGUUGUCGAACAUUGGUCAAACAAGAGAAUGUUAAAAUUGUUAUAAUUGAAAUAGCACGACAAGAACUUGUGCAAAAACCACACUUAAUGGCAUCUAGUUGGCAAAAUGCUUUUAUAAACAUGAAAGAAAUGUCAAUAUUUUCAUCGUCACAAGCGAUCUCACAGUUUUACAAGGACAUGGAACCAUCGUCCAAAAAAAUUAUCAAUUUGUUUACGAAUGUGUUGCCAACAAAUAGUGCAGAAACUGACGCUUUCAAUUACCUCAAAAGAUAUAUCCGAGGACUAGAUCCGGCACAAACGAAAAAGGUUUUAAAAUUUUUAACUGGUUCCGACCUUUUAACAGUUGAAUGCAUUGAACUCAGCUUUAUUCAACCAGAAAAUAAUUUUGAACGUAGACCUAUUGCUCACACUUGUUCACCUUGCUUGGAUUGCCUUCCACAUAUAAUAACUACUGUGAAUUACGUGAAGAAUUUAGAAACAUUUUAAAUCUCUCUGAAUGGGAAAUGGAUAUUAUGUAAUCUGAUUGUGGUAGUGGUCGUAAAAAGACGCUUUGACUAAUUGUGUUGACAUUUUAUGUAUACUUUUCAGGGUUUUUUUAUUGCUUUUACAUUUUAUAUUGGCAAUACGCAUCUUUUUUUAUUAUGUUUAUCAUUUUCAGUAGUUUUUUGUGAAAAGUAUUAUUCUGUUAAAAUAUGUUCUGGAAACAUAUGUUUUAUUCAAAA